ACUAGUCAUAACAUAACAUUGGUGCAGCGUGCAGAGGUUCAUAGAUUGACCAUUGCAUUGAUUACGCUAUUAUCCGCCAUAGUCAUCUAAAAAAUUAUCGACAAGAUAAAGUGAUCAAAAGAAUAACAGCAUCAAAACAAUAGAAAGUGCAAACUAUCAAAAGUUGUAUUUAUUAUCGAUAUCCGAAUUCGUUUCGUCGUAUAAAUGAAAAUAUGUAAUUAUAUAAUUGUUCCAGAGCUUAUUAUGGGCUCAUAAAGUUAUGAGUACAUUAAGAAGUGACAUGUGAUUAUUGACAUUUGUGGAUGGUUAUCAAAAAUUGAUUUUUGGUAUAUUUAGUCUUGGUAUCAAAGAACACUGAGACUAAGCUAACGGUCAUCUGGAUUAAACUUUCAAUAUGGAAUCUAGUCUAGAAAACUCUUUUGUAUUUAUGCAAGAUGCAGGACAGUCAACAUCAUCUUUAGAAUCAGAAAAUCAUAUACAAAGUCUUAAUCAGCAAUCAAAAAAGGACUUAACUACAAACAAUGGAAAAGCUUCAUUUGUAUUAGAUGACUCAUAUAUACAUUUAAAUGAUGCAUCAGCAAAUUCCAGUAUUACUGACCCUUCCAGCAGAUCCUUUGUAGUAUUGGGUAAAAGUUCAAUGGAUGUCAUUCAACCAUCAUGUCUUGCAUCAUAUGUUGAUAUUGAACAAAAGAGCAUGUCUAUUGACUGCAAUUCUGUAAUAGCUUCAUGGAAUUCAAAUGAAGUACAUGAUAAAUUGAAUGAAUUAAUACGAGAAAAUGAGAAGCUAAAAGAAACGUUAAAACAAAAUAAUAUGGCUAUGAAACAACAGUUUAACAGUGUAGCCAGCUGGCAAGAAGAAAUCAUGAAAAUACAUCAAAAUCAUAAGAAGAAGUUUGCUGAAACUAGAGAAUUAAUGGAAUGUCUAAAAAAAGAAAAUGCCGAAUUGAAAUCAAAAAUUACUGGUGGAAAUGACAGCUUAGAAUCAGCAUAUGAGAUGCCUUCCAUUAAUGAAAUGCAAAGUAGCAAGGAAAAAAAGUCUUCGAUUUCUGAAGUGGAAUUUCAAGAGUCUUCGUUGGGAGACAAUUCUCAAUUAAAGUAUAAAAUGCCAUCCUUUGCUGCUGAAAAAUUAGUUAGUAUGUCAAAUGUAAUGAGUUCUCAAUUAAAGCAAGCCAUUUCUACAAUACAAGAACAAAGUCUUGCUAUAAAGGAAUUAAAGGCACAACAUGCAAUGUCAAAAUCAUAUAAUUCAAAUGAUUUGGAACAGUCCAUUGCUCAUAAUACUCCUGAACAUGCCAAAGCCGUGGAUAAAUGUGCAAGUUGUGAACAGUCCUUAAAAGUCCUUAAAAACUCCUUAAAAGAAGUUGAUUUUAUACUUGAACAUAGAUUGCAACAUACCACUGCACCAGUACAUGUAGAAAGUCCAAUAAGUUUCAAUAAACACAGCCAACCAACGAUCCAACAAAUUCAGCAAUGGAUUUCAAAGGAAAUCAAAGCUUGUAGCAUGACAAAACAUACCUCAGAACUACAUACAGAAGAUCCACAACCUCGUAAAUCAUUGGACAAUUGUCAAAAAAGUCAAAGCUUGGAAUCUAGUUCACCCUCCAAUCAUGGAAAUUUAGAAACUCAGGAAUUAGAAAAUUAUUUUCAUCGUUUGCAUCAAUCUUUGAAGCAGUGUAUUUCAAAGCUAUAUGAAAUAGGUGUAGUGCCGAAAGAAGAAAUAGAAGAAGACAUAAAAAAAGCAGAUGUGCUUACUGAAUCUCUUAUAGAUGUAACAGAAUCGAUAGAGAAAAAUGUUGGAGAUAAACAUUUACAAGAACAACUCAGCGACCUUAUCAAAAAGACUAAAAACAUUGAAGAAGAAAAACAAAAGAUAGAGUGUCGAAGGGAAAAUCUUGAAAUGGAGUUUAUGAAGUUAAGUGCAGAGAAAAAGAAAUGUGAAGAAACAAUUAAUCAAUUGGUCACUGAAGUUGGUACUCUACAUGAAACUAUACAAAAGCAAGAGUCAGAAAUAGAUAAAUAUCAAACAAAACUGAGAAACCAUGAGGAAAGUGUUAACAUUCUGCAAGAACAGAUAACAACGUAUGAAAAAGAUUUUAAGUUGGAAUAUGGACAAAAAAUGAUACUUUCUGAAGAGAACUCUAAACUCCAAGACGAAUUACAAAGUCAAAUAGAGAUUAUCCAAGACUUACUGUCACAAAUUACAGUACUACAAUUAAGCCAUGGUAAUACAUGUAGUAGUGACGCAUAAAUAUUAAUGAAGUUCUGAUUUUAGGAUCCCUGAACGGAAUUGUAAAGUCCGCAAUGUGUCAUCUUCGAGAUACAGUAAUCUGUCCCUAAAAGACGCAGAAUCGGGAUUGAAAUCGACAGAUUUGAGAAUACAGUAAUUUCUCCCGGAUUCGCGCAACUGCAGUAUUCUCAGGUUCGCGCUGUGAUAUUGUUACGGCCCUGUAAUUUAUCGAUUUUCUCGUUACGCCAAUGCUAAAGUUCAACGGUGAUGGUGACCAUGUGCGCUGCGGCAUGCUCCGCGGGUUCCUUUGACUCGAAUUCCCGGAAGACAACGCAUAAUACAAUGAUAUAAUGAUGUUUUUUAAUUUUAACGUUUUAAAAGUGAUUUUUUGUUAACAAAUUGUUAAUAGUUUUCCGAUUAAGAUGAGACCAAACACGAUAUAGUUUAGACAAAUAUUUUUGAUAUAGUUUCGAUUAAUUUAUUUACUUAAUUCUUAAUGUACAAUUCAUUUGAUUUUAUUAUUGCUGUGAUUAUAUAGUGAUUGAAUAGUGAUUAUAUAGUAAAAUACAUUGUUAUAUAUAUUAAUAAUAACUGUACAUUAAAAGGCUGCGUUGACAUUGUGCAAAUUUAGAUAAGUGCAAAUUUAUAUUCUACAUUAAAUUGUUUUGUUGCAUGUUUAAUAACAUAUUUUUUUCUUGGUGCCAUAAUAUUAGUAGUAAAGAUCUGUGUAUGUAUUUACAGUGUAAAACAAUUAAAAAGAACGAUUACUAAUAACAAUAUUAAAUGACACAAUUUA